UCAGCUCCGUAAAGGUUGUCCUAAUACACUUCCUGACCUUUCAGGGGCUUUAAGUGAAAACAGGCAGUCAACUUUAGAUCCUCACCUUUGGGGGUCUCUUUGCAAAAUAAGGCAACUUUUUUUUUUUAAAGAGGUCAACAUGUCACCACACCUGAGCGCUUUGGCAACCCGCGUGGGCUGCGUGGAGGGCUGAGAGCGCCCACAGACUCAUUGGGCUCACUUUUGGAGAGCUUUAAAAAGUAUAUUUCUAUUUAUUAUUAACUGAAUCUGUGCCUGAUGGAGUCCGAAGCCAUCCCAGGACAGAACCCGGUGGAGCUGGAGUUUACACAGGACAACAUAGAGACGGCUCUCUACCAGCUGUACUUCGAUCCAGACAUGGAGCACAAGAAUGUAGCUCAGAAGUGGUUGACCAGAGCCCAGGCCUCUGCACAGGCAUGGCAGUUCUGCUGGGCCCUGCUCGCCCCAGAUAAGAUCCCGGAGGUUCAGUUUUUUGGUGCCAGCACCCUUCACAUUAAGAUCUGCCGUCACUGGGGGGACCUCCCUGAAGAACAGCAUGAGGACCUCAGGAUACAGCUUCUUUCUCAUAUCUUACACUUCUCCUCUGGCCCUAAAAUGGUGCUGACUCGUUUGUGUGUGGCGCUUGCCUCAAUGGCUCUGAACUUAAUCCCUCAAGCCUGGUCCAAGCCAGUGGCAGACUUGGUGCGGGCAUUCCAACCUCAGAAACCAAAUUCGGAAGAAAGCCCUGGUGCAAAACCAUCUCCGGACCCCCAUGCACAUUGUCUUGCUCUCCUGGAGCUCCUCACUGUACUUCCAGAGGAGUUCCAAAGUGGCCGCCUGGCCCAAGCUCGUCGUGCCCAGCUGAGGGAAGCUUUAGCCGGGGAGUGGGCUGUGGUGUGCGGCAUGCUCCGACAGCUCCUACAAAGCCAGGACUCGUCUGUUCAGGUGAAGGAGAAAGUUCUCCGCUGCUUUUCUAGCUGGGUGGGUCUGGAUGUGCCACUAGGGGAAAGUCAGGAACUGGUCCAGGACUGUUUCACAGUGCUGUCUGACCCAGGGCUGUUCGACACUGCCGUGGAGACUAUAGUUACUGCCGUCUCACAGCCGGAUUGCCAGAGGUUCAUUGAUGCUCUGCUGAGCCUGAUGCCUCUGGUUCUGGGCCUUUAUGACCAGCUGAAGACAGCAGCUCAACACGGGGACAUGGAAACCACCCAUGGUAUCUGUCGCAUUGCUGUUGCUUUGGGGGAAACACACUCCAGGGUUAUGUUGGAACAGCUGGACCACUGGCAGGAAUAUCUGGCUUUGGUGAACAUGAUUCUAUUCUGUACUGGAAUCCCUGGACACUACCCAGUUAAUGAGACCACGAGCUCCCUGACACUUACCUUCUGGUACACACUGCAGGACGACAUUCUCUCUUUUGAGGAAGAAAAGCAGGCGGUUUACCUGCAGGUCUAUAAGCCAGUUUACUUCCAGCUGGUGGAUGUAUUGUUGCUCAAAUCCCACUAUCCCUCCCAGGAGGAGUACGACUCCUGGUCUUCGGAUGACAAGGAGCAGUUUCGAAUCUACAGGGUGGACAUCUCAGAUACUCUAAUGUAUGUGUAUGAAAUGCUGGGAGCCGAGCUGCUUAGUAACCUCUAUGACAGGCUGGGCAGGCUGCUCAUGGACCCCCAACAGUCCGCAGUAUGGCAGGACACUGAAGCUUUGCUGUUCGGCUUCCAGUCCAUAGCCGAGACCAUCGACGUGAACUACUCCGAUGUUAUCCCUGGACUGAUCGGUCUGAUCCCUAGAAUCAACAUCAGCAACGUGAUGCUGGCUGACACAGUCAUGUACACCAUAGGGUCACUGGCUGAGUGGUUGGCCGACCAUCCCGUGAUGCUGGGCGGCAUAUUACCCAUGGUGCUGCGGGGCCUUGUGAAGGCAGAGCUGUCUGUGUCCAGUAUCUCCACGCUCAAAAGGAUCUGCAGGGAGUGCCGGCAGGACCUGGCCCCUUACGCUCAGGACGUUCUUGCUGUCGCUCAGGAUGCACUUUUUAAGGAAAUCCACGAGAGCAGCCAGUGCAUGUGGCUGAUGCAGGCCUUGGGUUUCCUGCUGUCGUCUCUACCAGCAGAGGAGAUUUUAGGCAGACUGCACUCACUCAUCACCCCCCACAUCCAGCAGCUGGACUCACUGACCCAACAGGAGCCCAGUCCUGCAAAUAAACAGAGCAUCGUGUACAUCCUGGGCAUGUUAUCCAGCCUCUUUACCACCCUGGAUGUCAACAGGCAAUGGGAUGGUUUAGAGGAAGAAGGCGCCAGCACCAGCCUCUCCUCCUCACAGAGCGUUCAGAAUCCAGUCGUAGUCGUGCUGCAGCAACUUUUCCCUUUAAUCCAGACCAUCGUUAGCAAAUGGAUUCAUGACUCAGAAGUAGUGGAGGCAGUGUGCGGGAUCUUCGACAAGUCAAUCCGGACUCUCCUGCAUGAUUUCGGCCCCAUGGUGCCCCAGCUGAGUGAGACGCUGGGACAGAUCUACAAUGCUUACCCACAAGCCCCUGCUCUGGACCUGACACGUCAAAUGGUGCAUAUCUUUGCUGGAGACGAGCAACACCUCUCUGACAUCCGAAGACUUGUAGAAGUGCUGACCUCAACCACGCUCUCUAUAUUUCAGCAAGGUCCAAGGGAGCAUCCUGACAUCGCAGAGUCAUUCAUGAACCUUCACGCUCAGAUUCUGAACAGGAGUCCAGAUUUGCACCUAACAGCCCAAUUCGACGUCAAAACUUUAUUUUACUCAGGGAUCCUGUCCAUCAAGUUCCCAGAGACGCCCACAGUUAAAGCUGCCUGCCUGUUCUUUACAGAGUUUUUGAGUCGCUGCAAAGACAUGCCACCCCUCGUUGAUGUGCUGCAGGGGGAUGGAAAGAUCCUGACAGAGACGGUGCUGCAGGCAGUCGGAGGAGGUUCUUCCCGCAGCCUGACGGAGCACUUCUCUGAGGUUCUGCUCGGUUUGAAUAGACAGUGUCCGGCCCUGCUGUCCCAGUGGCUGAGGGAAACCCUGCAGACCCCUGGCUUCCCUUCACCUCAUGUCACUAUGGAGCAGAAGGACUUGUUCUCUCAGCAGAUCCUGAGGGUUCCCAAGGACUUAUCAGAGAAAAAGGCCCUCAGCAUCACAGGUCCUCUGCCAUACUUAACAACAGAGCCACCUAUGGAGCUAGUAGAUGUGAGGGGUUGCCGAUGGGACUGAGUCAACAAUGCAAUG